AUGCCUGUCUACCACAUCGUCCUCUUCCACCUCAAACCCUCCGUAACAGACACCCAAAUCACCGAAUGGACCCAAAUGGUCAAAACCCAACUAGGCCAAGUACCCGGCCUCAUCUCCAUAGAAGUCAACAGGCCUCUUCCAAUCUCCGUAUCUCGCACAAAGGGAUAUGAUAUGGCUCUUGUGGCUGUUUUGGAAGGACCGGAGUUUGUGGAGGGGUACUCUACGUUUGCUGCUCAAUCUCAGGCGCAGAGUUUCCGGGAGCAGCUUUUUGAUGAUACUAUUGCUUUUGAUUUGCAGUUUUAA